UUUAACAGUCUUGUCGACACUUCCUGUCGAAGGGCGCGAUCGUGAUCGUGUUUGGUUGAAUGAAACUAAACUCAGUCCUAGGCAAUGGCUGUAAUCAGAAGACAGCUCCAUGGGGGAUUUGAUGAAAUGUUGGAAGGUAAAUCACCAGCCCCACGUGAAAAAGACACAGGGCUAACUUUCCGACGUCAAAGUACAAACAUAGAUUUGCAGAAAUCCUUAAAACAACUUGAUGAUGCAGUAACACCUGUAUUUUCUUCAUCUGUGGGUUCACGAACACCCCGUGUUGGGCUGUUGAGGCACAGUGCUUAUACUCCAAGGAAAGUUGUGUCUCCAUCCACAUUUGAUGUCAGUGAUAUGCUCUUCACACCUUCACACCCAGCAUCAGUGUUAGUGAAUGCAUCAGACAGCAUACUUGGAAGUACAUCAAACGUUUUGCAAGUAGAGGCAGGCCUGACAGAUGACUUGACCACAACAAAUAUUAACCUGUUAAUGGAAGAUGACCCUGGGCUAACAGCAUCUAUGGGGUUGUAUACUGAGUUUGCCCAGUCUUUACAUCAGCACACUUCACCAUAUCAAGUUUUAGACUUGUUGUCAGAUUACGAGAGUUCAUGUACUGACCAAGUCAUGAUUCUCCGUAAACUUGUCAAGCGAGCACGCAGAGAGCAACAAAAGUUUCAGAAGACAUACAACAUGCUAGACCUUCUGGACAAGGAGCGCAGCACAUGGCAGCUAAUUCGGUCUCUGUACAAAGACCGAUUAGAGACUGCAGCUGUUAAUCAAACUACGCAUGUGGAUGAUGAAAGUGACAUGGAAGAGGAUGCAGAAAAGAAGGUUUUGGAGGCUAGUGAACAAGAGAUUGUUAGUAAACUGUUUGAAAAAGACAGCACUCUCCGCCAGUGCCAGCUGGUUGUUGAUUGGCUUGAGAGCUGUGCUCGGGAAGAUUUGGAUGACAUUGCAGACAAUGUAAAAUUUUUCAUUUCUGGUAAUCAGCCUCUGGUUUGGGAGAAUACUUUACACCAACUUCAGAGCAGGAAAAAAGGGACAGCUCUGACUGUGGAAAGACCUUUGGUUGAUCAGCUGGACCCUGAUGCACCUGUGCGCCAAAAGCGUUUUCUCGAUGACUUGGACAAAGAGGAUGAGCAACGCUUGCUGCAGCAUCUGUUCAUGUGUAUUCGGGCAGGGCAGCUAGAUAGGGCUCAAGAGCUGUGUCAGAGUUGUGGCCAGGCAUGGCGGGCAGCCACCCUGGAAGGCUGGCGUUUGGUUCACGACCCCAAUUACCAGCAUCUGCAAGCUAACAUUAGCCCUAUCACAGGCAACCCUUACCGAGAUAUUUGGAAACAAGUGUGCUGGAAAAUGGCCUCUGAAGGAAAAUACGAUCCUUUUGAAACAGCAAUUUAUGCUGCUUUUAGUGGUAACCUGAAAAGUUUGUUACCAGUUUGUCAUUCAUGGUAUGACUGCUUGUGGGCUUACUUUCGCACUUUAGUGGAUGGGGUGGAACAAGAGAUACGGCUGAGAAGAAUUUCUUUUAGACAGCCUGUGGACCUGCCUGCUGUCUACUGGGACAGACUAAUGGAGCCAAGUCAAGUGUUUGAGGAGCUCGCUGCAAGCACAGACGAUCAAAUUCGUGCAGAAUGUCAGCAACGCUAUCAUGUGAUACAGAAGCACAUCAUUCUAGCAGAUAUUCCAGCACUGAUUGAAGUGAUGUACAGCUGGGUACAAGAAGAGCGCAGCAGUCUACCACAGCAUCUUAUUCGGUUCAUGGCGCACCUUAUUCUCUUUCUGCGCAGCAUUGGGCAGGAAUGCAAGGAGAAGCUGUGCACUGUGAUACUUGAGGCUUAUGUAGAGCGACUGAUCCAGAAUGAUCUGAAACGCUUAGUGGCACAAUAUGUCUCAACAUUACCUUCACAUCUACAAGUGCAGUGGUAUGCACAUUUCCUGGAAGGAGUUAAGGAGCAGGAGGAGCGACAGGUGUGUCUGCAGUUGGCAGAAGAAGCAGACUUAGAUUUGGCUGUGAUAACAAAGACAGUGGUGGAGAACAUUCGCAAUAAAGACAGGACCGUUGCUGACAUUGAUUCUUCAAUUGCUAUUGACACAAAAAUUUCAGAGGAAGAUCGUGUCAAGAUUGAAGCCAUCGACUGGCUGAUUUUUGAUCCAUCACAGCGUGCUGAGGCCCUCAAGCAGGCAAAUGCACUUAUGAGGUCAUUUAUAGCUGUUAAGAAGCAUACUGCAGCCAGGGAGUUGUUUGACAAGCUGCCAGCAGACAGCAUUGAUGUUAUCUACAAGAUGUGGCAUGCGAAGACAGGGUCAACAAUCUUGCCAGCAUCUGACAGCAAUGCUGUACGAGAGUAUCUGUGUUUAAAGGCAUACCUGGAUGCAGUGGAAAGUUUCAGCGAUUGGUUUACACUAUACCAUAAUGGCAAGCCAGCUAAACCUAGUAGCCAAGGGGGCACAAGCUUUACAGAUCGUGUUGCCUUGGAGCACCGCAUGAAACAAUAUGAAGUUGAGGUGGAAAGAUGGAAACACUCUCUUGUCAGACAGACACGGACGACAAAGGAUCGCAUCUACAAUGUUCUUCUGUUUGCUGAUGGAGGCUGGAUGGUCGACAAGCAUGAUGAUUCAGAGGAGGAGACUCGAUCGGAACAAUUGAAACUUUUGCGACAUCUUCAUAUUCCAGGACUGUGUCUGAACCUUCAUCAUGUGAUGCAUUCCAGUGGUCUAUACUCAGAGUGCCUACAACUUGCAGACUACAUUGCAUCAGAAGAUUAUCAACUAUACAAGGAGUUUAACAAAGAAAACCUGCAGCAGUUAUUACGGCAUAUCAGGGAGUCAUCUCUUCAACUUCUGGAAGCAAACAAAGACCCAAUAGGCUAUGAACUAGUAUGAGAAGGAAAAUCUGGUAUUUAUCUUGCUGCAGAGGAAAUGUUCUGUGAGCUUCAUAUUUCAGCAUAGGAUAUUGUAUAGGAAAUGCUGUCUUGCACACCAGGCAAAUGUUAAAAUGCAAAUCCUGACUGCUCCAGCUUUGAUGGUGUACAGUGGCAAACAGGUGGUGUGGUGAAAGCUCUGACUUUGCAAGACCUAGCACGCACAGAGAUCUACAAGAAACAAAUUUUUGUAUUUGUACAGUUACCAGACUGAUUGGUGGACUGCUCUGCUGAUUGGUGGUGUAAAUAAUUAUCAUCUUUCUAAAAAAAAAAAAAAAAAAAAAAAAAAAGUUAUAAUAAUAAUAAAAUGACCUCUGAAAACAUUGAUUUCUCUUUCUUGAUAUGGAGAUAAUUUUCUGUAUAAAUACAAGUAAAAUGCUGCUUCAAAUUAUUUUCAUAUCGCAGGAGCAGAACUUUAAA